AUGGCUAAGAAGGAUAAGAAAGGUAAAAAAGCCGGUGACUGGGACGACGAUAUCGAGUACGAUCAGCCAGAAGCUGAGGAGUUUGGGACGCCGGCGGCACCUGCUGAAGGAGAGCAGAGCGGGCCAGUGGGCGCCAGCGAGGCGACUGAAGACGACUUCGGGAACGACUUCAUGGCCACGUUGAAGAAGAACAAGGCCAACAAGGCCAAGAAGGCUGAGGAGGAGAAGGCGACGAAGGGUAACGGUCCUGUGAUCAAGUCCAAGAAGGAGAAGGAGAAGGAGAAGAAGGAGAAGGAGAAGCAGAGAAAGAAAGAGCAGGCUGCCAGAAAGAAGGCCCAGCAGGCUGCGCAGAAGGCCGCUGGUGGCUCAAAUGAGGCCACGCCUGAGCCAGCUGAGAAGAAGGAUGAGAAGAAGAGCGAAGGUGCAUCUGCUCCAAGCUCAACGCCUGUGCCAAAGGGCAAAGGUAAGAAGGUCCCAGCUGGGUUGGCAGCUUUGAGAAAGCAGUUGGAAUUGCAAAAGCAAGCCGAGGAAGAGGCCCGCCGUCUCGCUGAGGAAGAAGAGAGACUGGCCAAAGAGGAGGAGGAAAAGGAAAAGGCAGCUGAGGCUGAGAGAGAGGCUGCUCGUGAGGUUAAGCGUGAAAAGGAAAGACUCAAACGUGAAAGACUCAAAGCUGAAGGUAAGCUCCUAACAAAGAAGCAGAAGGAGGAGAAGAAGUUACUCGAACGUCGUCGUGCGGCCCUUCUUGCAUCUGGCAACGUUGUUGUUGCCGGUUUGAACUCUGGAUCUGGCGAAGAGGCACCAAAGCCAAAGAAGGUUGUCUACGGUAAGAAGAAGAAGACGAACAACAAGGCAGCUGAAGAUUCUAAGAAGGAACAGGAGAGACUUGAGGCUGAAAAGAAGGCCAAGGACGGUGAGGACGAGGAUGAAGCAUUGGUUGAUGACUGGGAACAAAUGGCCUUGUCUGAUGAUGAUGAAGAAGAAACCGCUGCUGCUGAGCCUGCUAAGGAGGAUACAUCUGACGACACCACCCAGACUCAAGAAACCUCUGAGAUUGAAGAAGACAAGGUUGAUGCUGCUGCACAGGCCGAAGCUGCCAUUGCUGCUGCUGAGGCCCAAAAGAAGGCUGAGGAGGAAGCUUCUGCUGCUGCCACCCGUUCCGUCGAAUCUAAGCCAAAGAAGAAUGGUAAGAAGAGUCCUGAGCCUAGCUCUGACAUGCGUUCCCCAAUUUGUUGUAUCUUGGGUCACGUUGAUACUGGUAAGACCAAGUUGUUGGAUAAGAUCCGUCAAACAAACGUGCAAGGUGGUGAAGCUGGUGGUAUUACCCAACAGAUCGGUGCCACCUACUUCCCAAUCGAUGCCAUUAAGCAAAAGACCGCUGUCAUGGCACAGUACGAGAAGCAAACCUUUGAUGUUCCAGGUUUAUUGAUCAUUGAUACACCAGGUCACGAGUCUUUUACAAACUUGCGUUCUCGUGGUUCCUCGUUGUGUAACAUUGCCAUCUUGGUUAUCGAUAUCAUGCACGGUUUGGAACAACAGACUUUGGAGUCCAUCAGAUUGUUGCGUGAUAGAAAGGCUCCUUUCAUUGUUGCUUUGAACAAGAUUGAUAGAUUGUACGAUUGGCAAUCUACUCCAAACAACUCCUUCAGAGACUCAUUCGCAAAGCAGUCAAGAGCAGUUCAACAAGAAUUCGAAGACAGAUACACCAAGAUCAAGGUUGCCCUUGCUGAACAAGGGUUGAACUCUGAGCUUUACUUCCAAAACAGAAACAUGUCCAAGUACGUGUCCAUCGUUCCAACUUCCGCUGUUACUGGUGAAGGUGUUCCAGAUUUGUUGUGGUUGUUGUUGGAGUUGACUCAAAAGAGAAUGUCCAAGCAAUUGAUGUACUUGUCCUCUGUUGAGGCUACCAUCUUGGAAGUUAAGGUUGUUGAAGGUUUUGGUACUACAAUUGAUGUUAUCCUGUCUAACGGUUAUUUGAGAGAAGGAGAUCGUAUUGUAUUAUGUGGUAUGAACGGUCCAAUUGCAACGAAUAUCCGUGCUUUGUUGACACCUCCACCUGCUCGUGAGUUGCGUAUCAAAUCCGAAUACGUUCAUCACAAGGAAGUUAAGGCUGCAUUAGGUGUUAAGAUUGCUGCCAAUGACCUUGAAAAGGCUGUUGCCGGUUCUCGUUUGUUGGUUGUUGGUGAGGAUGAUGAUGAAGAAGAGAUGAUGGAGGAAGUUAUGGAUGAUUUGACCGGUCUUCUUGAUUCCGUUGAUACAUCUGGUAAAGGUGUUACCGUCCAAGCAUCUACUCUUGGUUCUUUGGAAGCUUUGUUGGAUUUCUUGAAGGAUAUGAAGAUUCCUGUCAUGUCUAUUGGAUUGGGUCCAGUGUACAAGCGUGAUGUUAUCAAGGCAACAGCCAUGCUUGAUAAGGCUCCAGAAUAUGCCAUCAUGCUUUGUUUCGAUGUUAAGGUUGAUAAAGAAGCUGAGCAAUACGCCGAACAAGAAGGAAUUAAGAUCUUCCAAGCUGACAUUAUUUACCAUCUCUUCGAUGCCUUCACAGCUUACCAGGAGAAACUUCUUGAACAACGUCGUAAGGACUUCUUGGAGUACGCUACCUUCCCAUGUGUGAUGAAGACAAUUCAAAUCAUUAACAAACGUAACCCAAUGAUCAUCGGUAUUGAUGUCGUUGAAGGUUCUCUAAGAAUUGGUACACCUGUCUGUGCUGUGAAACUUGACCCUGAUACUAAGCAAAAGACAACUAUGGUGUUAGGUAAGGUUGUUUCCAUGGAAGUGAACCACAAGUCUGUGGAUAUUGUGAAGAAGGGUACAACCAAUGCUGGUGUUGCUGUUCGUUUGGAGAACCCAUCCAACGCUCAACCAGUUUGGGGACGUCACGUUGAUGAGAAAGACACAUUGUACUCGUUGAUUACACGUAAGUCUAUUGACACCUUGAAAGAUCCAGCAUUCAGAGACACUGUUCCAAGAGAAGACUGGCUCCUGAUCAAGUCCUUGAAACCAAUCUUUGACAUCAAAUAAUCUCCUCCUGGAAUAUAUCAUAUAUAUCAUCAUGUUAAUGUCCAUGUUUUUGUUU